GGGCCUCGGGGCGGGGCCGUGCGGGGCGGGCUUCGGGGGCGCCGGCUACGCGCAUGCGUCCUGGUGUUGCCGCUGUCGCCGCGGUGAGGGAAGUGGACGCGAUGGCCGGGUCCGCGUGGGUGUCCAAGGUCUCUCGGCUGCUGGGUGCUUUCCACAAUACAAAACAGGUGACAAGAGGUUUUGCUGGUGGUGUUCAGACAGUAACUUUAAUUCCAGGAGAUGGAAUUGGCCCAGAAAUCUCCGCCUCAGUUAUGAAGAUUUUUGAUGCUGCCAAAGCCCCUAUUCAAUGGGAGGAGCGGAAUGUUACGGCCAUUCAAGGACCAGGAGGAAAGUGGAUGAUCCCUCCAGAAGCCAAAGAGUCCAUGGAUAAGAACAAGAUGGGCUUGAAAGGCCCACUAAAGACCCCCAUAGCAGCUGGCCAUCCAUCUAUGAAUCUAUUGCUCCGUAAGACAUUUGACCUUUAUGCCAAUGUCCGGCCAUGUGUCUCAAUUGAAGGUUAUAAAACUCCUUACACGGAUGUAAAUAUUGUGACCAUCCGAGAGAACACAGAAGGGGAAUACAGUGGAAUUGAGCAUGUGAUCGUUGAUGGAGUUGUCCAGAGCAUCAAGCUCAUUACGGAAGAGGCGAGCAAGCGCAUUGCUGAGUUUGCCUUCGAGUACGCUAGGAACAACCACCGAAGCAACGUCACAGCUGUGCACAAAGCCAACAUCAUGCGGAUGUCAGAUGGACUUUUUCUGCAAAAAUGCAGGGAAGUUGCAGAGAACUGUAAAGAUAUUAAGUUUAAUGAGAUGUACCUUGAUACCGUAUGUUUAAAUAUGGUACAAGACCCAUCCCAAUUUGAUGUUCUCGUCAUGCCAAAUUUAUAUGGAGACAUCCUUAGUGAUCUGUGUGCAGGUCUGAUCGGAGGUCUUGGUGUGACUCCAAGUGGAAAUAUUGGAGCCAACGGUGUUGCCAUCUUUGAGUCGGUUCAUGGAACAGCCCCAGACAUUGCUGGCAAGGACAUGGCCAAUCCCACCGCCCUCCUGCUCAGUGCUGUGAUGAUGCUGCGUCACAUGGGACUUUUUGACCAUGCAGCCAAAAUCGAGUCUGCAUGUUUUGCUACAAUUAAGGAUGGAAAGAGCUUAACAAAAGAUCUGGGAGGCAAUGCAAAGUGCUCUGACUUUACAGAAGAAAUCUGCCGCCGAGUAAAGGACAUGGAUUAGAACUUCUGCAGGUGUAUUUGCUGCUGUCAGUCACUCCAGGAUACCCUGCAAUCCUCCUUGAGAGUGCCCGCCAUUGGUUUGCUUGCUUCUUGACAGUACAUUUUAAAAUCUGGCCUUUUCUUAACAAAACCCUUGCAACAUAUGUACAUGAUGGCCCUAGGUCAUCAUUCAGAGGGUUUUCCCAAGUGCUUGUUGUAUUUAUUGACUAUCUGGUAAACCACCUUUUGUAAACUGUAAGUGAAGUGUUUCAUUUACCAUUGUUACCCAUUUUACACUUCAGGCAAAAUAGUUUUUCCUCAACUGUAAAUAUUAUACAGAAUUAAUAAGAGAAAAUAUUUAACUUUUUAACACAAGCCCUGUUUUUUCCUUUGGUUUAUGAAAAACAUACUGAGGCUAAAACAGGGUUUUAACAAUCGCACAAGAUAACAUUACUCUAAGGCUAAAUGGGCACAAAAGAAAUUUCUUGGGAAAGUUCACAGCAAAAAGUGGUAUAUUUCUUAGCAAUAUGGAAAAUAAAGAUAUUUGUCCUGUACGUGAAUUACUAUUAAUAAAAAUGUAAGCUCUAAGAAAUAUAUAAUGAAUGAUGUAAUUUUGUUAAUAACGUAUAGGUAUAUUUGAGUCAAAGCCCCAGAUGCCCUGUGUAUGCAAUUAUUUUGUUACCUGGAAACUUACUAUUUUGGGGGGGAGAACUCUUAAUUGAGGGCAGUCAUUCCUUCCUCUUCAUUAGACAUGCUGUGAGUGAGCAUCAUGAGCUGUCUGAACUCCUGGACUGACCUCUCAGCUGGGCAGCCACUGUAGAUCCACCCCCCAGCGAGACCCUAGAAAGGGCCACACUCCAGUCGCUGCUGCAGCUGAUACUGGAAAAGGCCUGGCCACCUGGCUUGGCUGUAGUCAAGAAUCCGGGGAUGCUGGCUAUUGAUUUAUAUGCCCCUUCACUUCCCCCUAGAGCACCCACAAAAGACCCCACUCUAGAAGGCGAAACUGACUUAGCCCAAACUGAGGCCAAUGUUACCUGCUCUGACCGUCAGUUUCCUGUCCCCAUGACUCCCCAUAGCCUCUGCCCUGCAGCAUGAAGCUACCUACCCUCUGGCCCACAGCAAAGUCAAGCUGUCUUCCCUCAGCCCUUGUGCUAGUUUGCAAACCCAUGGCUUUGCAUAAUGUACCUGGGUCACAAGGGGAUUUCCUAACAACAGAUAUCCCCAUCUGGGUCAUUUUUAAAGCUUUUAUUCAGAUUUAUCAUCUGUAUUUUACUUUCAACUACUGCUUCCUCUGUCUUACUGGAUUGUAGUUGCCAGUGGCUUUGGGUUCAUAGUAAUAAAGAAUUUAAAAACU